CCAAAAGCCACCAGAACAUAAUUAAACCCAAAAAAGAGCAACCAGGUAGAAAGAACAAUGUCAACCACAAGGUUGUUGCGUUCGUCUAAGCCUUUGCGUCAUGUUGGUCCUCCUAGCGCAACUUCUUCACCAUUUUAUACAGUAAAAUGUGUUGGCAAGGCUACAGGGUUGAUCACUGGGGAGAGGAUGGUUUCUAGGGAUCACGGUGAUCAUAAAAGGAAAUCCACGGUAGCUGUCAAAGCAUCUGUGGCUACUUCAGAGGGCUCUUUUCUCACCGUAGAGCCACCAAGGGUUGAGCGAGGAUUAAUUGAUCUGGCUUCUUUACUUGCUACUGUUAGUAAUGCUUUGCUUAAGGUGUUGAGGCCACCGGCUUUGAAAUAUUCAAAGAAGUGGAAAUUCCUGGUCCAGAAGCUCAUUGAGAAGGCUAUAAUUGAUUGUCGAUUCUUCACGUUAUUUGCUGUUGCGGGGUCUUUGCUUGGUUCAACAUUGUGUUUUGUGGAGGGUUGCUUUCUUAUUUUGGAGUCAUAUUUUCAGUAUUUCAACACGCUAUCUCGAGUUUCAGAUCAAGGACACUUGGUGCAUCUACUUAUAGAAGCCAUAGACUCGUUUCUGGUAGGAACUGCCAUGCUUAUUUUUGGAGUCGGGCUGUACGUCAUGUUUGUGGGAUCAAAGAAUUCAAAAGAUGAAGCGUUAUCGCUGCCAGACUCAAACUUGUUUGGCCUCUUCUCUUUGAAGUCCCUCCCAACAUGGGUUGAAAUGCGAUCAGUUUCACAAGCAAAGUCUAAAAUCGGGCAUGCCAUUAUGAUGAUACUUCAAGUGGGAAUGUUGGAGAAAUUCAAGAAUAUACCAUUGGCUACCAGUUUGGAUCUUGCCUGUUUUGCUGGAGCAGUCCUGUUUUCGUCAGCUUGUAUAUUCCUACUCUCAAGACUCUCUCCUGGUGCCAUGGAAGAUAGGUGGUAGCUACAGGAUGGAUGGAUGGAUGCUAUGUUUCCCUCCUCAUAGCAUGCAUAGAAUUAAGGAAAGCAUAGAUGAGAGCAAUUUUGUUUUUUAUUUUAACCCAUUUUUUUAUAUGUGCUGCCACUAUGAACUAUACAGUACUAAAAUUGACAGGAAGUGAGCUAAGGGGCCCUGAAGUUACAUGCAUGGGACUCGUAGUGGAAAGCACGGUGUUCCUUGUAUGCAAGCUUCUUUGAUGUAUGAUAGGCAGUCCCUUUCUUUAAUUUGAAUAAAAUUCUCAGUACUUGAAGCAGUUGCAAAA